AUGUGGAACAAAGUGCUCUGCCUCAGAUUUCUUUGGCUGCUUUUUUCGGACAGUGAAUCGUUGUGGGCAGUAUGGAAUAGACGUUACAAUUUACAAGGUAAGAGUCUCUGGACUUUAGAGAUUUCCACUUCGAACUCUUGGACUUGGAAUCACUUGCUAAAGUUGAGGGAGCUUGGGAUGCAAUUUGUUAAACCAAUCCUUGGAAAUGGCCACAGUGUGAGCUUUUGGUAUGAUGCUUGGACCCCUUUCGGAAGUCUUAUUAAUUUCUUAGGUCAGCACGCGCCGCGUCAGCUCCGAGUCCCUCUCCAUAGUACUGUGUCUGAAGCGUGUAGUUCAUCUGGUUGGAAUAUCGCCUCGCCGAGAUCAAACAGGGCUCUAGAACUUCAUACCUAUCUCACUACCAUCCCUUGCCCGACUUUCUCUGAGGUGCCUGAUUCAUACACGUGGUGUACAACUUCUAGGGAGGAGCCGAAGUUUAAUGCAUCAAAUACUUGGCAGGAUCUCCGGCCAAGGGAGCCGAUUCAGACUGCAUCAGACCUCAUAUGGUUCAAGGGAGCAAUUCCGAGAAACAGUUUCAACAUGUGGGUAGCCAACAUGAAUAGAUUACCAACUAGAGCAAGACUUGCUUCAUGGGGCCUUCCUGUCCCUACUGCUUGCUGCCUUUGCUCUGCCUAUAUGGAAACAAGAGAGCACUUGUUCUUGUCUUGUAGCUACAGUACUUCAGUUUGGGGGCUAUGCAUUGGGACGCUAAAUCCUCCACCUAGGAUGUUUAGCACCUGGUCUGAGCUACUCUCCUGGAUCAGAGGCAAUUCUCCAUCGGCUCCUUCUUUGCUAAGGAAGUUAGCGGCUCAAUCCAUCUUAUAUCAUCUCUGGAAGCAAAGGAAUAAUGUCCUGCACAACCACAUUGUAUUACCGCCAGAAGCGAUCUUCAGAAUCAUAGAUAAGGAGAUGCGAAAUACAAUUACGGCUAGAAGAGGGAGGAAGCAUUUUCUCGAUCUAAUGGCAAAAUGGAUGCGUUGA